AUGAGGAAAUAUAACUACUCCGUCAAAGAGAUAGAACGUAUGAGAAACGACUAUGCAGACUUAAAGAAAGAAGCAGAAAAACCAGCAGAAGAUAAAAUGGACAUGUUAGAAUUUCUGAACAAAAACUAUCCAACAGCAGAAGAUUUCCUUCUAUCUGACGUCAAGAAGAAAUAUAAAGAAACCUUCGGUAUCGUUAAAACAUUCGAUGUACUAAAAGAAGAAAUAGAGGCUACAAAACUGUUUAAAGUCUCACGAAUUCAUAACGUUUACCAUGUAAAACGCUUAUAA